AUGUCGCCUGAUAGCAUUAAAACUGAAAAUACGGAAAAUGUUGGUGAUCAAGAUCAAAUUAACAAUUUUAUUAUAUCUGAUUGGGGAAUGGAACCGAAAAGAUAUAAUUAUCAAGUGAAUGUAACUGACCCUGAAAAUAAAUCUAUUGGAUUGGGAAAGUACACAGUUUAUCUAGUUUCCGGGAUUACUCCAGAUGGCCACAAUUUUUCUACUAGAAAGAGGUACAGCGAUUUUGAGUGGUUAAGAUCUACUUUGGUAAUUCAGUUUCCAGGUGUAUUUAUUCCUCCAAUUCCAAAAAAGAAAAAAGUUGGUAGAUUCGAAAAAGAUUUUAUUGAAUUUAGAAGACGCUAUUUGGAAGAAUUUUUAAGAAGAGUGUUUAAUAGAGGGUACCUCAUUUCCUCUAGUUUGGUUAGAACAUGGCUAAAUAGAAGUGAAAGUGGCAUGGAAACUUUGAAAAAAGAGGAGGCAAACCGUCCUCUCUUCGACAUUGUUACGCAAUACUUUAGUAGUUUUGAUAACGUUUUGUCUACAGAUAAUCCAAAUAGCAGGCCAGGAAAACCUUCUAAUCGCUUUUCAGUUCCAACAGUAGAUAUUAGCCCUAUUUCUGAAUUUUCAAAUCGUUUAGAGAAUCAUUUUAUUCAGCUUGAACAAUUAAGUGAGCACUUAAAUACAAUUACAUCUUCAUAUAAUCGUGCUCAUAUUUCAUUCAAAGAGAUCCCAUCACUAUUUCACAAUAUUUCGCUGAAUAAUACAAAUAAUGAAUCAAGACUUGACCUAUCUUCUAUUUUUCAAAAUUUGUACAAUAUUAAUUCUAAUUCUACACAAAAACACUAUGACAUGCUUUAUAGCAUCAUAGCUAGAGAAAUGAACGAUACAGAGUGUAUGCUCGAAGCAGUACAAACUCUGGAGAAAAUGCAGUGCUUAUUAAAUACAAAUAACUCAUUUACACAAUAUUCUGAUGAAGUCAAUGUAAAUGACUUAAAGUCUAAUUCAUUUUCAAAUUCAAACGUAAGUAACAGUUCAAUAACAAGUGUAGUGAGUUCAGCAGCAAAAGGUCUUGUAAGUGGUUUUUCGUUAUUUUCUUCGAAGACUCGCGAAGGGUCAUUUACUUCGGAUACUAAUCUUUCUAAGCUAGAUAGAUACAGAGAAGACCAAUCUGCACUUAAAACACUUCUUUCCGCGGGCAGAGUAGUAUUGAUUAUACACGAAAUGCCUCACUUUUUCUCAGAAAAAGUAAAUAUAUUCAAUAACACUAUCCAAGAAUUUAUAUUAAGGCAGUCUCAGUCUUCGAAUAUUGAGAAUGAGUUUUGGGGCAAGGUUCUAAAUAAGCUUCAAUCUCUUAAGCAAUAUAAUGAUUUCCAGGGCCAAAAUACCUAUCAUGACGAGUUUUAUGUUAAUGAUGGUAGAAAUAGUGCGAAUAACCAAUAUAACAACGGUAAUAAUACUAGUGAUUGGGGGUACGAAAGCUAUGAUUACUGA